AUGUCGUGGCGAUGUGAGCCGCGCAAGCGAUGCCAUAACCAGGCUACAGCAGCUUUUCCCAACAGCACUUCUACCGAAGAACCACUCUCCAUUGAUAUUUCGUCCGACAAGUCAAUCGCGGCAGCUUUCAAGCAGGUCAAAGACAAAUUCGGCUAUAUCGACAUCUUUAUCAACAACGCCGAAUUGGGGGAUGAUAGGGCGGCGAGGGAUGUGAGGGAUAAGAGUGCCAUGGGCGCCAUUGAUCCGGCCAUUUGCGUAGGGUUUUGUUUCGAUGUUGUAGAGGGGAAGAGGGAUGAGCAGGCUUGGCCGGUUAAGGUUUUGAGGAAGGAUACGGUGCAGCCUUGGUAGGGUAACGGAUGGGUGUUUGGAGUCAUGGAACUUGGGUCAUGGAUCUAUCGACAUCGUCGAGUGCUCCUGCGACAAUUGAAAAG